AUGUCCUGGGAGACAGACAUUCUUGGCUCAGCCAUGAAUAACUGUGUGCUCCUGGAGGAACUGCUGAUCAAGAAAUCCCAGCAGAAGAGAAGGACUUCACCCUCCAACUUUAAAGUGCGCUUCUUUGUCCUGACCAAAUCCACGCUGGCUUACUACGAACAUCGCCACGGGAAAAAAAGGACUUUGAAGGGUUCUGUGGAACUUUCCAGGAUUAAAUGUGUGGAAAUUGUGAGAAGUGACAUCAUCAUUCCCUGUCAGUACAAAUACCCUUUCCAGAUUGUCCAUGACAGCUACAUCCUCUACGUGUUUGCCCCCAACCGCGAGAGCCGGCAGAGAUGGGUCCUCACGCUGAAGGAAGAAAUCAGAUACAACAACAGUUUGGCUUCAAAGUGUCAUCCAGACUUUUGGUUGGAUGGCAAGUGGAGAUGCUGUGCUCAGACAGAGAAGAUGGCAGCUGGCUGUGUGGUAUAUGACCCCACCAAAAAUGCCUCAAAGAAGCCUCUUCCUCCCACUCCUGAAGAUAACUGGAAAUUGUUGCUGGACCCAAGGGAAGCAGUGGUCAUAGCCAUAUAUGACUAUGAAGGCCAGAACCCACAGGAGCUGACGUUACAAUAUAAUGAGGAAUAUUUUGUGAUUGACAGCUCUGAGGAACAUUGGUGGCUGAUUCAAGAUAAGAAUGGGCAUGAAGGCUACGUGCCAAGCAGCUACCUGGUGGAAAAAUCACCUGAGAAUCUGCAAGUUUAUGAGUGGUACAAUAAGAACAUCAGCAGAAGCAAAGCAGAAACUCUGCUCAGGGAUGAGGGUAGAGAAGGGGCCUUCAUGGUGAGAGAUUCAAGGCAGCCUGGCAUGUACACAGUCUCUGUUUUCACCAAAGCAUUAAGCAUGGACAACAAUCCUGUUAUAAAGCAUUAUCACAUCAAUGAGACAACUGACUUUCCCAAGCGAUACUACCUGGCAGAAAAGCACGUGUUUGACUCCAUCCCCGACCUCAUCAACUACCACCAGCACAAUGCAGCAGGUCUCGUGACGCGGCUGCGAUACGCGGUCUCCUCCUGGAGGAAACAGGCCCCCAUCACCGCAGGGCUCAGCUAUGGAAAAUUGGUCAUUAAUGCCUCUGAGCUCACCCGUGUGCAGGAGAUUGGCAGUGGUCAGUUUGGGGUGGUCUACCUUGGCUACUUGCUGGGCAAGACCAAAGUAGCCAUAAAGACCAUCCGUGAAGGAGCGAUGUCUGAGGAGGAUUUCAUCGAGGAAGCCAAAGUCUUGAUGAAGCUGUCUCACCCCAAGCUAGUCCAGCUUUAUGGUGUGUGCUUUGAGGAUGCUCCCAUCUGCCUGGUGUUCGAGUUCAUGGAGAACGGCUGCUUGUCCGACUACCUCAGGAGCCAGCGGGGCAGCUUCUCCAAGGAAACCCUGCUGGGGAUGUGCCUGGAUGUGUGUGAAGGAAUGGCUUACCUGGAACAAAACUCUGUCAUCCACAGAGACCUGGCUGCCAGGAACUGCCUGGUGGGGGAAUCCCACGUGGUCAAAGUGUCUGACUUUGGGAUGUCAAGGAUUGUCCUGGAUGACCAGUACACCAGCUCCACAGGAACCAAGUUUCCAGUCAAGUGGUCUGCCCCAGAGGUUUUCUCCUACAGCAACUAUAGCACCAAAUCUGACGUUUGGUCAUUCGGAGUGCUGAUGUGGGAGGUUUUCAGUGAAGGCAAAAUCCCCUAUGAGAAUCGCACCAAUGCAGAAGUGGUGGAAGAAAUCAAUGCAGGAUUUCGGCUCUACAAACCCAAGCUGGCCUCCAAGGCAAUUUAUGAGGUGAUGAGCCACUGCUGGAGGAUGGGGAAAGAAGAGCGGCCAUCCUUUUCUCUUCUGCUGCUUCAGCUGAGUGAAAUCUCUGAGUUUGAUGUGUAA